AGCUCACUCGUCCAUUUUUCAACAGUACUAGUCAGUCAUGGAGCGCCUUUCCAAUCUCGCCGGUCAUCUCCUCGCCAACGGACCCGCGCCUGCCGCCGCCUCUGCCGCCCCUUCCGCCGCAGCCUUCCCCAAGCGCGACGACGACGUUGUGAUUGUGUCUGCCGUGCGCACUCCCAUCACCAAGGCCAAGCGCGGCGGCUUCCGCGACACCCCGCCGGACGACCUUCUCGCCGCCGCCAUGCAAGCCGCCGUCCAGCGUGCGAACGUUGAUCCCAAGCUCAUCGGCGACAUUGUUGUCGGCAACGUCCUCCAGCCUGGCGCCGGUGCGCUCACAUCCCGAUUCGCGCAGUUCUUUGCGGGCAUCCCGGAAACAACCCCGAUCGUCGCAGUCAACCGCCAGUGCAGCUCGGGUCUGCAGGCGUGCGCGAACAUUGCCUCGAGCAUUCGCUUUGGCACGAUUGACAUUGGCCUCGCUGCGGGCGUCGAAUCGAUGACUCAGGCACCCAUGACCGCGUCCGUUCCCGAAAACCUCAACCCGCGCGUCGGCACCAACGACAAGGCCAGCGACUGUCUGAUUCCCAUGGGCAUCACCUCGGAAAACGUCGCAGCACGCUACGGUGUCUCGCGCGCCGACCAGGACGCGUUCGCCGCCCUGUCGCACCAGCGCGCCGCCAAGGCGCAGCAGGAGGGCCUGUUUGCCAACGAAAUCAUCCCCGUCACCGUCACUGUCACCGACAAGGAAGGCAACGAGAAGCAGGUCACGGUGAGCGCCGACGACGGUGUUCGCGCCGACACGACCGCCGCGUCCCUCAGCAAGCUCAAGCCCGCCUUCUCUGCCGAUGGCUCCACGACCGCGGGCAACUCGAGCCAGGUCAGCGAUGGUGCUGCCGCUGUGGUCAUGGCGCGCCGCAGCGUGGCUGUCAAGCUUGGCCUGCCAAUUCUCGGCACCUUCCGCGGCUUUGCUGUCGCCGGCGUUGCCCCUGACGAAAUGGGCAUUGGCCCGGCCGUGGCCAUUCCCGCAGCGCUCGAGAAGGCUGGCCUCCGCGUCUCCGACAUUGACAUUUACGAAAUCAACGAGGCGUUUGCCAGCCAGGCCCUCUACUCUGUCCGCAAGCUCGGCAUUCCGAUGGAGCGCGUCAACCCCAAGGGCGGCGCCAUUGCCCUCGGCCACCCCCUCGGCUGCACCGGUGCGCGUCAGGUCUCGACUCUUCUGUACGAGCUGAAGCGUCGCAAGCAGCGUCUUGGUGUUGUGUCGAUGUGCAUCGGCACGGGCGCUGGAGCUGCAGCAAUCUUUGAGGCAGAGCUAUAAUGUGUGCACUGCAUCAACCAAAUUAAAAAAAUUCAUGUGAACGAAUCGCGAAUAAUAGAGCGG